GCUCAACAGGCUUUGCCUAGCCAGCCACUUGGCCCUCAGCAGCCUCAGCAGCCAUGUGUUCCUCCAGCAGCAGCAGCAGCGCUUGGUGGCCGUGGACGACAAAGGGGCCCUCCGAGUGUUCCUGAAACAAUAGGAUUACAGAUUUCUGAAGAACUUCAGCAAUUGUCUUUAGGAGAUAGGGGUGGACGUCGUAAAGAUUUCCAUGACCUCGGGGUAAAUACACGGCAAGCCAUAGAACAUGUUCAAGAAUCAAAAACUGGUUCUUCAGGUGUUACGGUAAAAUUAACUACAAAUUACUUUCGUUUGACGUCUCGACCCCAGUGGUCUUUAUAUCAGUACCACGUUGGCUAUAAUCCUGAGAUGGAAGCACGCCGUCUUCGAUCUGCUUUGCUCUUUCAGCACGAAGAGCUGAUUGGACAGGCACAUGCAUUUGAUGGAUCGCUAUUAUUCUUGCCAAGAAGACUAAGGAAUAAGGUUACUGAAGUGUUUAGUAGGACUCGAAAUGGAGAGGAUGUCAAGAUAACGAUCACGUUGACUAACGAGUUGCCACCUAAUUCACCUACAUGUCUGCAAUUUUACAACAUCAUUUUCAGAAGGCUUUUGAAGAUGUUGAAUUUGCAGCAGAUUGGACGUAAUUACUACAACCCCGAUGACCCAAUCAUCAUCCCGAAUCACAGGUUGAUGAUUUGGCCGGGCUUCGUAAGCUCUAUCCUCCGGUAUGAGGAAGGCAUUAUGUUAUGUACAGAUGUGAGCCAUAAGGUUCUUCGCAAUGAAACAGUGUUGGAUUUUAUGUACAGUCUGUAUCAUCAGGUUGGAGAGCAAAGAUUUAAAGAUGCCUGUGCUAAAGAGCUGAUAGGUGUAAUUGUUCUUACAAAGUACAAUAACAGAACAUACAGAGUCGAUGACAUCGACUGGGAUGCCAAUCCACGGUGUACCUUUAGAAAAGCAGAUGGUUCUGAGAUCAGCUAUGUGGACUACUACAAAAUGCAAUAUAACCAAGAAAUCACUGAUUUGAGGCAGCCUGUCUUGAUCAGUCAGGCUAGGAAGAAGAGUGGCAGCAUCGUGCCAGGGCCUGUGGCUCUCAUUCCAGAGCUGUGCUUCCUAACAGGAUUAACUGAGAAGAUGCGUAAUGAUUUCAAAGUGAUGAGAGACUUGGCUGUUCAUACACGACUGCCACCUGUGCAGAGGCAACGUGAGAUUGGAAGACUUGUUGACUACAUCCGAGAAGAUGAUGGCGUUCAGAAGGAACUCAGCAACUGGGGUUUAAGCUUUGAUUCCGAUUUAUUAUCCUUCACGGGAAGAGUUGUUCAAGGAGAAAAGAUCCUUCAGUCAGGACGUACGUUUGACUACAAUCCUCAGUUUGCUGAUUGGUCAAGGGAAACUAGGGGAGCUCCUUUAACCUGUGCAAAGCCUCUGGACAAGUGGUUAUUAAUAUACCCACGUCACAACUAUGAUGCUGCCAAUACGUUGCUUCAAAGUCUGUCUAAAGUCACGCCAUCCAUGGGAAUCCGCAUGAACGACCCAACCCUGAUUGAAGUAGAGGAUAGAACAGAAGCUUAUUUGAGGGCUUUACAGCAAUGUGUUACCCCUGACACAAACAUAGUAGUUUGUGUUUUGUCUAGUGCCCGAAAAGAUAAAUAUGAUGCUAUCAAGAAAUACUUAUGUACAGACUGUCCCAUCCCAAGUCAGUGUGUGCUUGCUCGCACUUUAAGCAAGCCUCAGACUGCUGCAGCCAUAGCAACAAAAAUUGCCUUACAAAUGAACUGUAAAAUGGGUGGAGAACUUUGGAAUGUUGAGAUCCCGCUGAAACAGGUAAUGAUUGUGGGAAUCGAUUGUUACCACGACACUUUGUCUGGAAAGCAGUCAAUUGCAGGAUUUGUUGCUAGCAUGAAUCAAACAAUGACACGGUGGUUCUCGCGCUGUGUUGUUCAAGGUCGUGGACAAGAACUCGUGGAUGGGCUCAAAGGCUGCUUGCAAACUGCUUUAAGAGACUGGUUCAAGUGGAAUAAGUGUUUGCCCUCUCGUAUUGUUGUGUAUCGUGAUGGUGUAGGAGAUGGACAGCUAAGUACUUUGGUUGAUUAUGAAGUGCCUCAAUUUCUGGAUUGCAUGAAGAGCGUUGGCAGAGACUACAAUCCGAGACUUUCUGUGAUAGUGGUGAAGAAACGCGUGAACACCAGGUUCUUUGCCCAGAGUGGUGGAGCCCUUACAAACCCGCCCCCUGGUACUGUUGUGGAUGUGGCGGUUACCAGACCAGAGUGGUAUGAUUUCUUCAUUGUGAGUCAGACAGUGAGAGAUGGUUGUGUUGCACCCACUCAUUAUAACGUAAUUUAUGACACGAGCAAACUGAAACCAGAUCACAUGCAACGUUUAACCUACAAACUUUGCCACAUGUAUUAUAACUGGCCGGGUGUUAUCAGAGUACCAGCUCCUUGUCAGUAUGCUCAUAAGCUGGCCUUCCUUGUUGGUCAGAGUAUUCACAGAGAACCAAACCAGUUGCUUUCGGACAGACUUUACUAUCUUUGA